CCCUUUCAUAUCUUCACUCCUUCUUUCCACUCUCUUCACCAUCACACGCCCCCCUCACACAAGUCGAGACAUCAUCGUCUCCGUACUUGGUCCAGACUGCGGCCAGUCAUUCGCAUCUUCUCCUUGAUGGCCAUUGCUCUCCUGCACUCGCUCCGGCCAAUCACUUCCCGCGUGCCUUCCGCCCUGAGCCGCAUCACAUCACCCCAGCACCAACUUCUCCACCCUUGUACCUCGCAAACCUCCUCUUGUCCACAAACAUAUCUUGGCACCCCUCCAAGCUCCCGCAACAUGACCGCUACCGCCUCCACGGCUCAGCACACCGCUCCCGGCUGGGACCUCUCUGCCAACCCCUUUCCCAAGGCCCGUCGAGACGAGUCGGUGGUGGACACCUACAAGUCAGAGGCAAAGGGAGAAGUCAAGGUGACUGACCCCUAUCGAUGGCUCGAAACACCGCCGAACCAGAGCAAAGAGACCAAGGAAUGGGUCGAAGCGCAAGCCGAAUUCGCUGCAAAGUACAUUCGCGGUUACCCUCAUUGGGAUGAGAUCAAGUCGCGCCUCGAGGGAACAUUCGCCUACCCUCGCUUCUCAUGUCCUUCGCUGAAAUAUGACGGCAGAUUCUAUUACUCUUACAAUUCUGGUCUCGAUCCACAGUCGAGGAUCUUCAGAGCUACAAAGGAGGACAUCGAAGGCGUGACCAAGGAAGGCGCCGACCCGAAAGCCACGCCCGGAGAAGUCUUCUUCAAUGAAAACCGGCUCAGCAAAGAUGGGUCGGUGGCCCUUGCUAGCGCCUCUUUCUCAAAGUCAGGCAAGCUAGUGUGCUACGGGAUCUCAAAGGCAGGAUCGGACUGGAACGUCCUCUACUUCCGCACCACGGACAAGCCUUUUGACCCUCCCGCUCCAGAACAGGGUCAGGAAGUACCCGAGGCGGCCAUGGGCGGUACAGACCGUCUCCCCGAUGUGCUCACCCACGUCAAGUUCUCGGGCGGAACUUGGACUCACGAUGACAAGGGCGUCUUCUAUCUCAGGUGGCCGGCCCCAUCGUCGGGCAGUGCUGACUUGGGAACAGAGACUGACGUCAACACCGAUGCCCGACUCUACUACCACGUCCUGGGCACCAAGCAAGAGCAAGACGUUCUGAUUUGCGACGUCGACCCAGACGUCAAGACAGGAAUGUGGUCGCCUAUGAUCACUAAUGACGGCAAGUUCCUAGUCAUCAGCCAGAGCAAGAACACUGACCCCGUGUCGCGCAAGUACGUCGCUCCGCUCGAAGGCGUCGACUUUGGCUCCCAAGAAGGGGUCGCCAAACUCAAGUGGAUUUGCCUAUCCGACAAAUUCGAAGACGAACUAGACUACCUGGCCAACGAUGACCACACAUUUUACUUCACCACCAACCGGAAAGCCCCGCGCUACCGCAUCCUCAAGUUGACCAUCGAUCCUUCCAAGGGCAAAGAGAUCGAAAAGCAGCAACUCUAUAAGCUCCCACUUGAGCCGACCCUCGAGUUCAAGGAACACAUCGAGGAAGAUGCAGAGGGUGGAACCCUCGGCACUGCUACCGUCCUGGCAAACGACAAGCUACUUCUCGUCUACUCUCGAAACGUCAAGGACGAACUUUGGCAGUACGACCUCCAAAGCGGUCAGAAGGUGGGGCGGCUACUUCCCAAUUUUGUCGGCUCCAUUGGUCAAAUCAGUGGGAAGAGGGAAGACACACUGUCCUUUGUACAGACGUCCGGCUUUACGUCACCAGGUAUAAUCAGCAGGCUGGAAUGGAGCGAGGACAGCAAAGCCAAGGAGGAGCCCAAGAUCAGCACCUACAGGGAGACGGUCGUGCCUGGCAUCAGUGCAGAUGACUUCAUCAGCGAGCAGAAGUGGUUUGAGUCAGUGGAUGGCACAAGAGUGCCCAUGUUCAUCACCUACCACAAGUCCACAAAGCUGGACGGCACAGCCCCGGCUUGGCUGUAUUCGUACGGUGGCUUCGAGAUCCCUCUCAAUCCCUUCUUCUCGCCCUCACUCAUGACUUGGACCAAGCUCUUCGGCGGUGUACUCGUCGUCGUCAAUGCCAGGGGUGGAGGAGAGUGGGGCGCUACGUGGCAUGAGGCUGGACGAAGGUUCAACAAGCACCACACCUUCGAAGACGUCCUCUCUGGGGCCAAGUAUCUGCACGAGAACAAGAUUGCUGCCAAGGGCAAGAUUGUACUCAACGGAGGAUCUAAUGGAGGUCUGACGGUGAUGGCCAGUACCAAUAUGGCAAAGGAAGAGCAUGGCAUUGGUGCGAGCGUUGCAGAGGUCGGAGUGUUGGAUUUGCUCAGGUUCCAUCUCUUCAGCAUUGGUAGAGCUUGGGUCGGAGACUUUGGCUGUUCAGAGGAGCCCAAAGACCUUGACUAUCAGCUCACCAUCUCUCCCCUGCACAACGUCGACCCUUCGCGCGCCUCGUCCUCUACGAACCCCUACCCUCCCAUCUUUCUCCUCACAGCUGACCACGACGAUCGUGUCUCUCCAGCGCAUACCUUCAAGCUAGCCGCCGAGCUACAGCACCAGCUGUCCUCCAAGGACGUGGGAGGAGGCGCAGAGAGCAACGCGCGCAAUCCGGUACUGGCUAGGGUAGAGCUGGAUGCAGGACAUGGAGCGGGAAAGAGUACGCAGAAGAGAAUCGAAGAGGCGACGGACAAAUACGCAGCGGUAGCGAGGGCGCUGGAUCUCAAGAUCGUCGGCUGACAUCAACGCAGGGGUAAACUGUGAUUGGGAAAGAGGACGUGGUUCAUGAGACGAUCGCUAGGCUCUUUCUCUGGGUGACUACCAUAUCCUGAAUGGUAGUCUGUCGCCAUACUUUGUUGUCGCUCCAGCACCCCUGCUUAGCACACUCAUUCGCUGACCAAUGACGAUUGAUCGAGAUUUUUUCAAUCUAAUACGUAACUUAGCU